GAAACUAUGUCUUCCUCCUUACUCAACAUCCCCAAAAUUCUUCUUUCUUUAACCAUAAUGACUCUCAUAUUCGCGACUCAUUCCACCGCCAUAUUUUCCAACAUUGAAGAAGACGUGGAUCAAGAUGAGUACGUUCUCGACACCCCAUUUGCCCACACGAUGAGAAGUAGAUUCUUGACUGCAAAUACUAACAUCAAGAAAGGCGCGAAUUGUGAUCUCUACUCGUUGAAUCACCGUGUAUGCAAUGGGGUGUCGGUUAAUAAGGGAACUGGGCUUCUCUAUUGCUGUAAGAAGCAUUGUCGAAAUGUUUUGAGCGAUAGAAACAAUUGUGGGAAAUGUGGGAAGAAGUGCAAGCAAUGGGAAAGAUGUUGUAAUGGGAAAUGCACGAAUGUAGGGUAUAAUAAGUCAAAUUGUGGAAAGUGUGGACAUAAAUGCAAAGGAGGACUUCCUUGUGCUUAUGGAAUUUGUGGGUAUGCUUAAUUGA